UCAGCAAUUAAAUCAACAUGAAUUCAGAAAAAUUUGGUUACCCUGAACCUCCAACUGCACCUCAUCAAUCCCUUUUACCGCCUCCGUAUACUGUUUCUGGUCCAUCAUGUCCACCACCACCUCCACCUAUUGGUCUUGUACCUUCGCCAACAGCCUCAGCUCAAGAAGGACCUCAUAUUGUUACUCUUGGUACUACGAAAUUCGGACCUUAUCCUCAGAACGUGAUUUGUCCAACAUGUAACGAGCAAGUGACCACUAUAACUAGUCAAAAAUCAGGAUUACUUGCUUGGUUGGUAUCGGUCGGUUGCUGUGUAGUAGGCUGUGUAUUCGGGUGCUGCUUAAUCCCCUUUUAUACAGAUAUUACUUUGGAUGUUGAACAUUCGUGUCCACGAUGUGCUCGAAAACUUGGAGUUAAUCGCAAAAUCGAAUUCAAUUAAUCUUUUUUUUCUCAAUGUUCAAUUUAAACAAACUAAAUGAGAUUUUUUCCACUGUAAUUCUGUUAAUAAAUUAUUGAAAUUAACUAUUAUUUAAGUA